UGUGCACGGCGACGAAGAAUAUUUCUUGACGAAUCUGCUCAGAGUGAGCUACUAGGCUCGGCCAUACCUCAGUGCGAGCCCGACGGAAGAUGGUACAGAAAGCGGCAAUGCCUUGCCGGGACAGAAGCUUGCUGGUGCGUCACGCCACUGGGACGCCGAUUUGCGGGAGGAGGAAUGGACUGCGAAACACGUCGCAGAAAGCAGGAGAAUCUGGCGCUUAAAGCCGUAAAACUCCGAGAUGAACUUAUGCGUGGAAAAGUUUGUGACGAAUACCGAGAUGGAGACUGCCCGCCUUCUUCAUCUGGAAACGUUAGCGUCGUCAUGCCGUGCCUUUGUGACUCGGACUGUCCAAAAACGUGGAAGUGCUGCGAGCACUCGAGAGGGCUCAUUUGUCUUGCCCCUGUCUCACCAAUACAACCAAUGACGCUCAUUUGUGGCGUAAAUGAGCAAUUCUCCGCCUGCCACACUCCGUGUCAGCCGUCGUGCGAUGAUCCCACUUUGGCGCCGUGUCCACCACCCACCUGCGUACCCGGUUGUCACUGUCAGCCUGGUUUCAUUCGUGCUGACGGAUCUCCACGUUCGGCGUGCGUUCCACGUGCAGCUUGCGCGAUGUACGACAGCUCAACGAGAUGUUUAGACGAGCGCCGGCAGUACCACAGCUGUGGUUCAGCCUGUCCGAUCAGUUGUUCAACUCGAAAUGCUCCCAGAUGUCACGAGAGUUGUGUGUCUGGGUGCUUUUGCCGCAUCCCGUACGUGCUAGAAAACGGCAACGAUCCUCUCCACUCACGAAUUUUAUCGAAGGGUCUGAUAAAGCGAACCAGCAGUCGUUUGGUGGCCGUCUGGCCCUUGCUAGAACGGAAAAACUUCUAUCCGACACCCGGUACGGCCACUGUACUUCCAGAUACAAAUCGCUGUAGUGAUCCACUGAAGAACUAUCUCAACUGUGGAACAAAAGCUGUCCGGGACCCACAGUCUGGUUGUGUGCUGCCGUUGCACUGCCCCCGCACCACGUCGCCAUCUGGCACAUGCGCCGAUCCAAGAAAAGAAUGGACAAGUUGUGGAGCACUAGGAUGCGCUCGAUCGUGCACAAACCCUCUGGGACGAUGUGACGCUGGUCUUUGUUCAGCAGGUUGUGUUUGCCGUGAACCGUACGUGCUU